AUGGCGGUUGAUCUGGAGGCACAGACCCCGGUUCAAGAUUCAAGUACCACUGGCACCACCUCGCAACCAUCUCAUGACAAGACCGCAAAUGGCGCACUAAGGAAGCCUCGUCCGCGACGACCCAAUUUCAAUGAGAUUCAUGCCAAGCCUCUGCCAGUAGACGUCUAUCCACUACCAGCCUUCAUCCCACACAACCCUAUUUCGAUUGUGCGCAUUGCCAUAUCACUGCUCUCGCACUCGAUCUUCCCGCCGAAGUCACACCCAGUUGUACACAGGGCAUACUUCUCGCCACAGACACAGUCCAUCCACGUCACGGAUCCUGUUUCGAUACGUGCACUGUGGGAACAAGGAUUCUGGGGCAAGGGUUCUUUAAGUCGAAGUGAGCCGCAAUGGCUUGCUGGUGAGAAGAAGAAGCGAGGCGUUCAAGCAGGCAAGACGAGCGCAGAAGUCACGCAGAAUAGACGUGAAGAGAGGAAGCAGUUCAAGCUCGAAAGAGCGAGAGCGCAGAGGGAGGCAAUCGAGCAGCAGCUAAGGCAGGAGGGCAAGCUGGAUGCCGAUGGAACCAUCGAAGAUUUGGUCGAGGAUGGUCAGGUGUCUGAGAGCCCGAAAGGGACCUUAUACAACCCAGAUGCUGGAGAUGUCGUCGCCGUGGGCAGUAACGACAUCACCCUGGAAGUUGAAAGGAUGCUUGCAGAGGAAGCAGCUGAUGGGCAGGCGUUGUCUCUUGAUGACAUCAAGGAUCAGGAGCACCUUCAGCUCACGCCAGAAGAGGCCUUCUUCCUAACCUACACCUUGGGGGCCCUGUGCGUCGUCUCUGAGGAUGGUCCUACCGACUCCUAUCCCACCUGGUUCCUUCUCAGACUUUAUGCCUUGCAUGGCAAUUCACCAGUUCCCGAACAGGAAAUGCGCCAAUUGCAAAAUGUACUUCGAAAGUAUGAGCACGACAACAUUGUUCUCUCGGAUGUGAGUAAUAUCCCAUCCGUGGAACCCGACAGUCAGUUCAUCUUACGCUACGUGGUCUUCCAUCACUUCCGUAGUCUGGGCUGGGUUGUACGGCCCGGAAUCAAGUUUGCCGUGGACUACCUUCUCUAUCUCCGCGGUCCAGCGUUCCACCACGCUGAGUUUGCGAUUAUGAUCAUACCCUCCUACUCUCAUCCUUACUGGACCGAGGCGCCUGAGCACGAGUCUGGUAUUGAAGCGAGAAAGAAGGAGUUAGGCAAGAAGGAUUGGUGGUGGCUGCAUCGAGUGAACAGAGUGCAGACCGCUGUCUUCAAGACCUUGGUACUGGUCUAUGUGGAGAUACCUCCGCCGUGGGAUAAGGACAAGAUGGAGGUGGAUAUUGGGAGUGUACUGAAGCAGUAUACAGUUCGUGAGGUUAUAUUGAAGAGAUGGUCCCCGAAUAGGAAUCGGGAUUAG